AUGAUACGCAUUAUUUUAGGUCUCUUCUCGCAACCAACGCUAAUUAAUUUAUUUAUUCAUAACAAUUUGAACUGCCCACGAUGGACCAUAAUGAUUGGAUCAGUUUUUGAAAUUGCAUUGGAUAGGGUACGCAAAAUUUUGACAAUAGCAAUAGCACUGGAGCGAAAUUAUGCGGUAUUUUUUCCAUCACAGUGUUAUGUUAUGGAUCACUACAAAUUCGCAUAUCGCUUCUGCAUGCUGGCCGUCAUUUGGGGCACUUGUGAUUCCUUAGCUAUGGUUGCUGAGGAUAGUUUUGAAAAGCUAUGCAUUCAUCGCACAAAUUAUUCGUUUCGCAGUGUUUUGUGCAGAUGUGAAAUAUUUCUGAUGGUACUUUAUUUACGGUUUUAUGAAGGAAUCAAUCUGGUAAGACUGGUACCUGAUAACGGUGAGCAUAAGCGCGGCUCCAAUCCACGGAUUGUCCCGCACUUCAGUCAAUGCAUCGAAAAUAUCCUCCAUUCGAUGAUGCGGAUUCGUCGAAAACGUCGACGGCACAUGGAUGAAAUACAUUGGAAUGAGCAAAAAUGA